AUGUACGCCUCCGUUAUCAUUUACGCACUCGUCACCCUUGGUGGUGUCAUGUCAUCCCCGGCCCAAGAGCCUGGUAUUGAACCUCGAGCUAUUGAGCGUCGUGUGCCUACUAUGGCAGAUAUCCCGUUUCCGAGGUUCCCAACCCGCAACUAUAACCACAAUGAUGGAGGCAAAGGAGGCAAAAGUGGCAAAGAUGGUAAAGAUGGUAAAGGCCAUGAUGGUAAAGGCCAUGAUGGCAAGGAUCAUGAUGGCAAAGAUCAUGGUGGCAAAGAUGAUGACGGCAAAGGCUGCAGCAGUGACAUUAACACUCAGGUAAAUGCCUGCUCUGGGGGUAAUCCAUAUUGCUGUAGCAGCAAUGGGAAGGGUGGCCAUGCAUGCAAGAACACCACGGCAUGCGAAGAGACCAUCAUUUGCUGCAACAACAACAACGGCUUCCAAAUCUGCAUUGGUGAUAUUGAUUUCAACGUGCCAAUCACUAUCAAUAUCUAUGAGGAUGACGAUUAA